AUGUUGCAAUCACGACGUCUGUUUUUCUCUCGGCCUAUGCUGAGGUUGUAUGCCACACUAACGGAAGACCAGCUGUCUCGAACAUUACGAUGUAGCAGGUGUAUUCAAAGACAGAUGUUGGUACCACAUCGAACGAUUUUAUCGCCGCAAUCGAAAGAGUUGGCUGGAAGCUCAGUGUGGGUAACUAAGAGAGGAUAUUGUACCAACCCAGAAGCGAGAUCCAUCAACCCAACAUUAGAAGCCCAAUCCAGAAUCUUUUACUUUGAUACCCAGGCUUUGGUUAACAAACUCAUGUCACAAGGCUUCACACAGGAGCAGGCUACAGCUGUAACUGAAGCAUUCAUAGAGGUCCUUAACACAAGUAUUGAACACCAAACAAAGAACAUGGUCACUAAGUCUCAGCAGGAGAUCACUGUCCAGCAGUUAAUGUCACAUAUUGCCUCAGUGAAGAAGGAUAUGGUGAAGGAUAUGUUCUCAAUGCUUCGAAGUGAAACAGAGAAACAAACCAUGCAGAUAAAACAGUUCCAGCAGACCUUACAAGACGAGAUGGGGAAACUUAAAAAUAAUGUUGUCCUGGACAUUAAUCUGGAGAAGAGUCGAAGUACUGAAGCUCAUGCAGAAAACAGGAAGGAGCUACAAGUCCUAAACAACAAAAUAGUGACCGACACUGCUGCUCUACACACAAAGAUAGAAACAUAUCGUAAUGACGUCUUCAAAUAUGCAGCAGGUGCUGUAGCUGGAACAGCCACUCUAUGUCUGGGCUUUUUACGAUUGGUGAUGUAAGGAAAUGAUAGGAUGACAAUCCAGACCUUGGUGUGAUGAGGAAUAGUACCGUAGAUGUGAGGGAGUUAGAUGGAAUGUCUACAUACAUCAGGAAAUCCAUUGUAUUCUUGAUCUGAAGGAUUUAAUUGAACAGUAAUUCUAAUUAUAGACUAAUGUGGACGUCUGAUGUACAGGACUUUAUUAGAACAGUCGAGCUGAUUGUGGAGUUAAUGGGUCUUUAGAUAUUGGAUAUUUAAAUGGAACAACCAUACCCAGGGACUGUGGAUGUAAGAGUGAGUUGACUUUUACAGCAACUCAACCAGUUUGUAUGGUCACCAUGACAACAGAUGUGAGAGAAUUAAAUUAUUGAGCUAUAUUAACUGGAAGUUGAAGUUCACAAGAAUAGUCACAAUAUUGUGAUAAGGGAUGUGAGGGAGGUAACAAGAACAGCCACAUUAUUUGAGAGAGUUAAAAGGAACUGCCACAUAUUUAGGACAGCCAUAUUAUUGGCGGGAGUUAAUAGGAACAGCCACAUUAUAUGAGGGAGUUAACAGGAACUGCCAUAUAUUUAGGGUGUUAACAAGAACAGCCAUAUUAUUGGAGGGAGUUAAUAGGAACAGCCACAUUACUUUUAAGAUCACUGAAACUAUGGGUAUGAGGGAGUAACGAAGAAGAAUAGUUUUUUGUUGUAUAACUGUAACUGUGAGUGUGAGUAUGUUGGAAUUAUUAAGGUUGACUGAAUAUGUAUCUAUGGAGAAUUUAAUAUAGGUGUUUAAAUGUUUUGCUGUGAUAAAUGAGUGAUUAAUAAAUUUACUGUGAUUGCUGUAUGUGAAAGGAGUGAUCGACAAAUGGACACCAACUUUUUUAUGUGUUUUCCACACUGAAAAAGACAGAACAAUGCUAUUUAUGUAGAGAGAAAGAAAAUUAUUAUGUCCUUUGUGAUGGUAAGAAAUAUAUGUUUAAAUGUCAAAGCCACUUAUGGAACUUUUGUAGGACUUUUUUCAUGCCAAUCUGAAACAUCAUUUCUUAAAUUUUUACAAAGAGAUAUUAUUGGAUCCCCAAAAUCUAAUGGAGUCCCACAGGAAAAUUCUGACUCCAGGACUCAAAUCUCUGAGUCCCAAAAAUCGCAGCAUUUGUUAAAAUCAGUAGGAAAUAUCUAUCUGUUGUUCAUUGAUAGUAGUAAUUAUCAUGUUUCAUCAAACUGGCCACAUCUGGACACUUUGUUUGUCAAGUGUUAAUUCUAUAUGGUCCAAUGUAUUAAAGAUCUUAAAUUAUUUUUGAUAGAUUAACUGAAAGGCAUGAAGGACAAAGUUGAAAUAAGAAAAUUUCGCAGAUUUUUUUUAAAUGCAUAAUAAAAUGUAUGUUUUAUAAAGGUUUGGUCAUAAUGAUGACCCUGAAACUAGAGGGCCUGGUAUGAUCAAAUGAAAUAUAUUUUUGCAAAUUUAUAGUGAAACCCUCAAAGUUCAACCUUGUCUCUGUUGCUCAAAUCUGGCAGCAUGUCGAACCCAAACCCAAUUACUUUUGUUCAUUUUUAAGCCCUUGAUCACAUGCUAGUCGUAAAAACACCCUGAAAUAUAAUUUCUCCUAACUCUUAAUAUCAGAGGAACAAUAAUCUAUAUGAAACUUUAAAAUGUGUUCAGUAAUACUUAUAAGUAUAGGCUUCCUAUGUCAGUCAGGCUAUUUUUAUCGCGAUCCAAUGAUUGUCAAUAAAAAGAAAAACAGACACCUGCUCAUGAGUGUCGUAACACACCGUACUGCUGAUCUAUAGGCAAAAUGUACUUCAUAUAUAUAUAUAUAUAACCCUGUAUGUUUUCUCUUGUAUCAAACUAUAAACAGUAACUGAAUAAGGAAUAUCCUGUUUAAUUUGAGGAUGCAGUCAAACUUUGUUAUUUCAAACUCAUAUAACUCAAAGACCCCUUUAAUUCAAAGUAUUUCAUUGGUCACAGCCAAACUUCACUCUUAACAUUCAAUCUCAUUUAUAUCAAAUACUCGGAUAAAUCAAGGUUUUACUGCAGUUUCGACAAGUUUGAGAUAACAGAUUCGACUGUAUAUAUACAGUAUAUAUAUUGGAGACUAAGAGCUAUCUAUAUAAGGUAAUGUAUAUUUAGGUUGUAGUUGUUGGUAUGUAUAAUAAGCAGUGAGACCUGUGGCAGGUUGUGUUUCUUGCAGAGCUUAGACAUGGACAAGGUGGUGCUGACAUGGUUGUUUCUUUGGGAAAGACACUUACCUUAAUUGUACUGGAGAGCAUGUGAUGGGCCUCCUGUAUGUUGUUCAGUGAAGUAGCCACUGGUUACUUCAAGGAGAUCCUAACUCAAAACGAUCAUGGCUGUUCAAAGGGCAAUAAAUCUAGCUAGCAAAGACACGCCAUAAUGUAGAGUAUAAUGCCUUGAGCUGUGUAUCUACCUCUUGUGUGAUAUUACUUUGUGAUACCCGGUGUUUCUAAACAUUUUUAUCAUUUUCAUCUCGUUGGUUUUAUCUAUAGUAAAUGUUAGCAGGAGGUGUAUAAUUUCAAUAUUCUGUUGUUGUUUGCUUACACAUGUGACAAGAAUGGAGUAAUGUGCCUCCACCAGGGAUCAAACUGGUGACUCCUGGCUUUCGAGGGAGUCACUUUACUGGUGAGUCUAAAUUCUCUCUAACUUGAAGGUAGAAGGCGACUGUGUGCCUAUGUACACUUAAGGUAGAAGGCGACUGUGUGCCUAUGUACACUUAGGGUAGAAGGCGACUGUGUGCCUAUGUACACUUAAGGUAGAAGGCGACUGUGUGCCUAUGUAAACUUAAGGUAGAAGGCGACUGUGUGCCUAUGUACACUUAAGGUAGAAGGCGACUGUGUGCCUAUGUACACUUAAGAUAGAAGGCGACUAUGUGCCUAUGUACACUUAAAACCUGACACACCACUCCUUUCUUGUCACAUUUAUAGAGAAAUAGAUGAGAAUUUAAACAUUAA